UUCGAACCAACAAACCAAAGAUGCGUGCUAUUUUCAUUUUAUUCGUAAUUUUAAAAAUUUCGACCGGUUUUCAAGUUAACCAAAUAGAUGAUUCAUAUAAAAUAAGCAACCCUGAUGAUCUAAGAGAUGAACGAUUUUGGUUAACCGAUUCCCAACGCUCACUGCGAAAUAAACUAUACCUGUCUGAAAAUAAAAAUGUUGCAAAAAAUGUGAUCUUUUUUAUUGGCGAUGGAAUGUCAGUACCAACAGUUACAGCUAGUCGCAUAUAUGAUGGCCAGAAGAAAGGUCUUGUGGGAGAACGAAAUUCGUUAUUCAUGGAAAGAUUCCCUUACGUAGGGCUAUCUAAGACUUAUUGUGCAGAUCGACAAGUAGCUGACUCUGCCUGUACAGCCACUGCUUAUCACACGGGUAUAAAGGCAAAUUUCGAAACUAUCGGAGUAUCUGCACGCGUUAAACUAAAAGAAUGCCAAGAAGCACUGAAGGCCGAAAAUCAAUUGGAGUCCAUAGCCAGUUGGGCCCAAAAAGCUGGAAAAGCUACAGGAAUUGUCACAACUACGCGUGUCACACAUGCCAGUCCGGCGGGUGCAUAUGCGCACACCUCACACCGGGACUUUGAGAGUGAUUUCGAUGUCAUUACCCGGCAUGCAGAUCCAGAACAAUGUAUUGAUAUUGGUAGACAAUUAGUUGAAAACACAGUUUCAAAACAGUUUAACGUUAUUAUGGGCGGAGGUGGUGCUAAACUUUUGCCCAAUUCUUCAAUACAUUAUUCUGGCUAUGCUGGUGAGCGAUUGGAUGGAAGAAAUAUUAUAGACGAGUGGAUUCAGGCUAAAGACGGAACCACUUCGUUUGUUCACACCAGACAACAAUUGCUGGAACUUGAUACUGACAGUACAAAUAAUUUAAUUGGAAUUUUCGCCAAUAGUCAUAUGUCCUACAAUUUAGACAAUGACGGCUCUCAGCCCACUCUACAAGAAAUGACCUCAGCUGCUAUAUCGAUUCUAAGUAACGAGUCGAAUGGUUUCUUUUUAUUUGUGGAAGGUGGUCGCAUUGAUCAUGCCCAUCAUGAAACGAAAGCUAAAAAGGCUUUAGAUGAGACCGUCCAGUUUGAUGAGGCCAUUAAACGGGCUUAUGAAUUAACAGAUCCAAAUGAAACACUCAUUGUCAUUAGCGCUGACCAUGGCCACACAAUGACCAUUAAUGGUUAUCCCAAAUUGGGAAACACAAUUACCGGCGUCGGUACCGAUAUGACCGAUAUUGAUUUCCUGCCAUAUACAACAUUGUCUUAUGCAAAUGGACCAGCAUUUUCAAAAUUCUUUUAUUCCUCUCCGAGGUCCGAUAUGGAUAAUUCAGAAAAUGGCUUACUUUUCAAUACGAACGAUCAUGUAGUCAAACGUUAUGAUGUAAGAAAAUUUUCAAAUAUUGAUGGCAAAGAUUUUCAAUACCCGGCGGCCGCGCCUAUGAUUGAUGAAACACAUGGUGGUGGUGACGUUGCGAUCUAUUCCAGCGGUCCAUGGUCCCAUUUAUUUACUGGAGUAUUAGAACAGAAUGUACUGCCAAUAUUUAUGUCAUUCGCUGCUUGCAUCGGCCCAGAUGAAUUAAAUUCUUGCAAUUAUUUUAAAAAUAAAUAAAUAUUAUUUAUAAUCUGUAAAGUUUGUAAGAUAAAUUAAAAUACAGAAAA